AUGGCGUACCGUUUGAGGGUGAGGAACGCGGCUCAGCUGGUGACGAUCUGCUCGGGCGGGCAGCGUUUCAAGGUUGGCAAGGACCAAGACGAGGUGGAAGUAAUUGAGAAUGGCACCAUAAUCGUGGACCAUGAUGGUAACAUCGCAGCCGUGGGCACUGAGGAGGAGCUGAGCAAGGCCGAGGCCUUCCGCUCCGCCACCUACGAAGCGGACAUCGAUGCCACCGGCAAGGUGGUCCUGCCUGGGUUGGUGGACGGUCACACGCACCCCGUGUGGGCCGGCGACCGCGUGCACGAGUUUGCGAUGAAGCUGGCGGGUGCCACCUACAUGGACAUCCACAAGGCGGGAGGCGGAAUCGGGUUCACGGUCGGCCACACCCGCACCGCCACUGAGGAGGAGCUGCUGGGAUCGUGCCUGCAACGGUUGAACCGCAUGCUGCGCUUGGGCACGACGCUCGUCGAGUGCAAGAGCGGCUACGGCCUCGAGACGGAGACGGAGAUGAAGAUGCUCAAGGUAUUGCAUCAAGCCAGGACCCGCACGCCGAUCGAAAUCGUGGCCAACUACCUGGGCGCCCACUCGGUACCCAAGGGGAUGACUGCUGACCAGGCCACCGAAGACAUUCUCAACAACCAGAUUCCCGCCCUCAAGGAGCUCGCCGCGAAGGGAGAGAUAUCGCCGGAGCUCAUCGAUGUGUUCCUUGAGAAGGGCGUGUUUGACCAGGCCCAGACCAAGUACAAUAGUGGCCUCAACCUCUCCACUCUCCCUCGAGACCUGCGCUUGGGGCGCAUUCUUGAGGCGGGCAAGGAGGCCGGCCUUUUGCUCAACUUCCACGGCGACGAGAUCAACUACAUGAACGCCGGAGAGCUCGGCGGAGAGCUCGGUGCGCUCAGCAUCAGCCACCUCGAGCGAGUGAGUGAUGAAGGCAUUGCAGCCAUGGCCAAGGUCCCGACGUUCGCUGUGCUCCUGCCCACCACGGCCUACAUCCUUCGCUUGGAGCACCCGCCCGCUCGCAAGAUGAUCGAAGCCGGUGUGCCGGUGGCGCUCGGCAGUGACUUCAACCCGAACGCGCACUGCAUGUCGAUGCCGAUGGUCAUGAACAUGGCGUGCGUCAACAUGCGGAUGACGAUGAAGGAGGCCCUCGUGGCUGCCACCAUCAACGCUGCCGGUUCGCUGAACAAGAGCGCGACGCACGGCUCGCUAGAGGUGGGCAAGGUGGGCGACCUGCUCAUCGUCAACGCGCCGCGUUGGGAGCAUCUCAUCUACCAGAUGGUGGAUCCGCCGCUCGAGCACGUCGUCAAGAAGGGCCGCCUGGUCUUCUAA